AUGGUCUCCAUUCAGCCGGGGUCACAGCAAGACCUUCAAAUUGGAAGCUAUGUAACAUUUGGAGUUGCCAUGAUUAUGAUUGGCAUGAGGUUAUAUGCGAGGCAGUUCUUGCUGGGCAAGCUUGGGCCUGAUGACAUCUUGAUUAUUUUAGCUUCGCUUGUGUCUAUCGGCGAGUUGGCAACUGUGCCGCCAAUGUACGAAUGUGGGAUUGGCCGUCACCUUAUGGAAUUGACCCCGAAACAGCAUGAAUGUACGCGAAAGUGGGCGUGGAUAUCGCAAGUUCUCUACUUUCUCAGUCUCGGACUAGCGAAAGGUAGCAUGGUCGCAUUAUACAUACGAUUGGCUUCCAACAAAACCCAUAUUAUGUUUCUCUACGGGGUCGGAGCGGUUAUACUUAGUCAUGGAAUUGCUGCGACUCUUGUGGCAUCCUUUAUUUGUGAGCCUAUAUCCAUAUUAUGGAAACCUGAAUUCCCCAAAGGAUGCCUCGACAUGAUGAGCUUCAACUACUUCAACGGCGCAUUCCAUGUUACGACGGAUAUCUUACUGGCGCUACUCCCCAUCCCAAUCGUGAAGAAACUGCAAACGAACGAUCGCCGCAAGAUCGGCCUAAUAAUUGCCUUCGGCAUUGGUAUCCUUACUAUUUGCGCAUCGAUCGCAAGACAGGUCACGACAGUGAUCGCCCUAAGAUCAAGAGACUUCCAAUGGAACUGGUCCGCUGCCGAACUCACCACCUGCCUCGAAAUUAACAUGUCUCUCAUCUGUGCCUCGGUCCCGGCAAUGCGAUCACUGUUCAAAGUCUACUUCGGCAGCACCGGUCUCACGAAUAGGCGCGCCUACGAACACGAGCUCGAUGAUCGAUACACAAAAGAAAGCGGCGCGCGACAGGCCUUGAACGAUUUCAGCAAUGUGGGGGAAUCUCAAAGACAAACCAGGACGAAUACCGUUACUAGCAGACCAAGGUCGAUGGACAGCUUUUCGGCAAUCAUGGACGAGGCUAAAGAUGGGGUUAUUCAGACUACGGAGUUUCGGGUUUCGUAUGGGAAUCGGGCGUCUAUGUGUUGA